GGCAUCUGAUAGGAAAAAAAGCUUCAGUCGACUGAAGAUGGAUGCUAAGUCGAUAGCUGUAAUCUGCAUCGUAGUCGGCUGUUUAGUUGUUGUUUAUCCGAAGAUUUUCCAUCCCAUGAUCAAACGGGCCCUUGGGUUUGGCGAGAAAACCAACGCUGACAAGUUGGAUAAAAAUGGAAUGCCACAUGCGCCAAAAAUGAGGCCGGGGCCAAUGAGUGACAGGCAUAUGAUGGGUGGAACCCCCCACCCAGGCAUGCGGGCAGCAGCAGAGAUGCGUAAACAAGCCAUGGAGACACAGGGCUCUGGGAGAGGAGGCAUGGUCACCAUGAUGUUGCCUGUGUACACCAUUGGCAUUGUGAUAUAUCUCAUCUAUACACUUUGUAAGAUAUUCAAUAAAGACGACAGCAAGAGUGGUGGAAGAAAGAACAACGUGUGGUACACGGAUAAAUUGAAGAGUUUUACUGAGGAGGAUAGUGAUGAAGUUGGAGAUGAGGAUUAUGCGGAGUACAUACGUAAAAAGAAGAGACAGAGAGAGCUUGAUAUUAUGCUAAACAAGGCAGAUGAAAGAAAGAUAUCGGACUAUGAGAUGCUUCAGCUGCAGGAGAAGCUACUGGAAACCGAAGCUCAGAUGCAGAGAAUAGUUGAUGCAAUGAAGCAGGUGCAGGGUAAAAUGACCACUGUGGGAAGUGAGACUGUAGCACAGAUGAGUCAAGGUGCAGGAGACAGUGGAUCAACAGAGCACUUGUCCAAAAACCAAGAAACUGACGUGUGUGAGCCAAUGGCUGAUAAACUGGAACAAAAAGAGGAAAAUGCAUUGGAUCAAAUUUCAGCUCAGGGAGCUUCGUUUGAUCGGGAAGAAGAAGAUGAACUGAGCUUUGCAGAUAUGUCCCAUGACAGGACAAACUUUAGUGAGGAGCUGGGAAUUGAGGACAGUCUGACAGAGUCUGAUUCUGAGUCAGAGGAUACAGAGGCAGAACAGGACAAUAAUGAAACCUACAGGAAACACCAGCAGAGUGAUGAGAAUGAGGAAAAUGAAGUUGAAGAAAUACUCUUGCCAGAAAACAAAAGUGAUGACGCCAGGUGUGAUGGUGAGAGUGACGGCUUGCACCAUCUUAGAAAACGCCAGGCAAGAGACUUGCAUGCAGCAGAAGAUUAAGUUUUAAGAACGGCAGCUUUACAGUGCACCUAGCAGAUAUCAUGUUAGGUCUCAUACUGAUGAUUUUAUGAAUUAUUCACAUACUUUAGAAAUGGAAAGGUGCAUAGUUCCUUUAUUUAAUGAAAUUUAAUUGUGUGUGUGUAUUAUACAGUGCACCAACAUCAGUUUUUUGCUACUUUACUUAAGAAUGCAAUUUUUUGGUCAGAAAUAUUUUUGUCAUCUUCUUUUAAGUGGUACAUUUUUAUAACAAUUUGGAUGAAAGAUUGAGAUAGCUGGUAUUUAACACAAUUAUUUCUUCUAUGAGUAAAAUAGGUUGUUAUCGUUUCAGUCAUAAUGAAGGCACUGUAGUGUGCAUUACUCAGCUUUAGCUGAUGAGACUAAAAUGGCUCUUUUUCUAAAGGCAACAUGGUAUUUCUUUGGUAUUUGACUUUCAUAUUUUGAUUUACAAACAAACUGAAUCAUGAAGAACUUUGUCAUGUUACAUAAAAUAACAAGAUGAAAUGCCAACUAGUGAAUACAUACAGACUGCAAACAUAUUUGCAAUAAGAGAUUGAUUAAAUCAAGUUCAAAAUGUUCAAAAUGUGAGGAAAAAAACCAGUGUGAAGUUUUAUGUGGUUACAUUUUUGUCCCAUUUAUUGUUUGUUUAGUGUGUAGUGAAAGGAAUCUCAUCAUGAAUUGAAUUUUUAUACCAUGUGAUAAAUAGUCUUGUUAUGUCUGCAGACAGUUGAACAUUAUUUUGUAAUUAAUGAGGCUUUUUACAUCUCAUUAUUUGGUGGGAGUGAUUUAUCCAUAGUUAUUAGUACCACCAGCGUG